AUGUCUGACUUGUCUGAGUCCAUUAAGCUCCAUCGAGCUGCACUGGCACUCUGUCCCCCUGGCCAUCCUGACCGAUCCAUCCUUGCAGAAAGAUUUGAGCAGCAAGGUGUCCUAUCCGACCUGCAUCAUGCCAUUGAACACCACAGAGCUGCCCUGGAGCUCCGUCCCCCUGGACAUCCUGAUCGAUCCAUUUCUCUCAACAACCUUGCCCUCAGCCUUCGAGACAGGUUCCAGCAGCAGGGCAUGCUGUCUGACCUGAGCGAGGCCAUCGAGCUCCAUCGCGCUGCACUAUUGCUCCCCAUGUCUCUCAACAACCUUGCCAUAUGCCUUGAAGAACAAUUCCAGCAGCUGGGAAAGCUGUCUGACUCGGACGAUGCAAUUAAACAACAUCGAGCUGCCCUACUGCUCUGUCCCCCUGGGCAUCCGGAUCGAUCCAGAUCUCUCAACAACAUUGCUCAUCAGGGAAUGCUGUCUGACCUGAAUGAAGCCAUUGAGCACCAUCAAGCUGCACUGGAGCUCCGCCCCCCUGGCCAUCCUCAGCGACCCUCAUCUCUCAACAACCUUGCUAACAGCCUUCGAGAGAGAUUCCUGCAGCGGGGUCACCAUCGAGCUGCACUAGUGCUAUAUCCCCCUGGCCAUUCUCACUAUUCCUCAUCCCUCAACAACCUAGCCAUCAGCCUUCAGGACAGAUUCCAGCAGCGGGGUAUCCCAGCGGCCCUGAAGCUCCGUCCUCCUGGCCAUUCUGAUCGCCUUCGAGACACAUUCCUGCAGCGGAGUGUCAUCGAGCUCCAUCGAGCUGCACUGGAGCUCCGUCCUCCUGGCCAUUCUGACAGAUCCGUAUAUGUGCAGCGCGGCUCCAUUGAGCUUCAUCAAGCUGCGCUGGAACUCCGUCCUCCUGGCCAUUCCGAUCGCCUUCGAGACAGAUUCAUACAGCGUGCCGCCCCGUCUGACCUGGAUGGGUCCAUUGAGCUCUAUCGAAUGGCCUUGCAGGACAACCUGGCAAUUGACCUUCAGGACAGAUUCCUGCAUCGGGGUGUGCCGUCCGACCUUGACGAGGCUAUUGAGCACCAUCGAGCUGCACUGGAACUCCGUCCCCCUGGUCAUUCUGAUCGAAUGAUGUCUCUCAACAACCUUGCCAUCAGUCUUCGAAACAGAUUCAUGCGGCGGAGUGUGCCGUCUGAACUAGAUGAAGCCAUUAAGUUUCAUCGAGCUGCACUACUUCUCUGUUCCCCUGGUCAUUCUGAGCGAUCCUUGUAUCUCAACAAUCUUGCUGCCAGCCUUCAAGACAGGUUCAGGCGGCGGAGAGACCUGUCUGACCUAGAUGAGUCCAUUGAGCUCCAUAGAGCUGCAUUGAACCUCCGUCCUCUUGGCCAUUCUGAUCGAUCCACGUCUCUCAACAACCUUGCAAGCGGCCUUCGAGCCAGAUUCCUGCAGCAGGGUGCGCUGUCUGACCUUGAUGAUGCCAUCGAGCUCCAUCGAGCUGCACUGUUACUCCGUCCUCCUGGCCAUUUUGAUCGAUCGGUAUCUAUCGACAACUUGGCUUCCAGUCUUCAAGACAGAUUUUGUCGGCAGGGCCAACCAUCAGACUUGAACGAGUCAUUUAGCCUUUAUCCACGACUCUCCCCAUUAUCCUCUGCAGUCUCUCGUCAGGAUAUUUCUGCUGCCGCCUCAUGGGCCAUCUCCGCCGAGCAGUUCGGGCAUAGCUCUGCUUUGGAUGCCUAUCGCAACACAUUGAAAUUCGUGUUUCAGCACCUAGUAGCUACUACAUUGUUUUCUGAACACCAUUUUGGAAGGAUCAGGGAGCUCACUGCAUCCUCCGCAGUGGAUGCUUUCUCAUAUAGUGUUCGUCACGGCGCUCUGACGACUGCUGUGGAACUGGUGGAGCAAGGCCGUGCAGUAUUCUGGACCCAGUUAGCACGCUUCCGCAAACCACUUGAUGAACUCUCUGCAUCGGGUGACACCGGCAAAGCCUUGGGGGAAGAGCUCAAGCAACUUGGGCUUAGCAUUCGUAACUGCAUCCAAAGACCACCGGGAUUUUCCCGUUUUCUCAUGCCUCCGCUCUUCUCUGACCUCCGGAGGGCCGCAGGGGAAGGUCCAGUCAUCAUUGUCAAUGCAAGCCAGCACAGCUGCGACGCCUUGAUUAUCCUCAGCGCACAAUAUCCUGUCCAUGUUCCACUUGAAAACGGUGGUUUCUCUGAUGAUCAACUUGAAUUAUACGGGAUUGUCGGCGUCCUACGCGAACUUUGGGAACACAUCGUCGGCCCCGUGGUUCAAGUUCUCGGGAAGUUAAUUGAACCUGGCUCACGCAUCUGGUGGUCAGGGCUCUACGAGAAAGGGCAGCAAGAAUUUGCCCGACAUUUACGUCUCCAGUUACACCCCUACUUUGGCGGCACUCAUUCCAACUCCAAAAACAGGGAAGCCACUUCGGUGUUGUGUCACGCCUGCUCAGGGCCCUUUCAAAUAACAUUAAAUGCAUUAAGCCAAAAUGAAUGGCUUCAUCUCGCCUGCCAUGGUUUUUCGAAUCGACAACAACCGUCUAGCUCUUCCUUCGCAAUGCGCGACGGGCCUUUGACAAUCCUGGACAUCAUCCGAUCUAGCGGGGGGGAUGGAGAGUUUGCAUUCUUAUCGGCUUGCCACACUGCGGUGGGCGAUAAAUGGAGCCCUGAUGAAGCUAUACAUCUCGCUGCUGCGAUGCAAUUCUCCUGGAUUUCGCAGUGUGAUAGUUUGAUAAGUACUCGUUCGCCAUAUUUUGCCUCUAUUGUAAUCGAAUUCCAUAUACCCUGUCGGCAUACACGCUCGCGAUAUCAUACAUCUAGAGAUUGCCUGGCCACUCCUGUUAAUGCUCCAGAUAAGUCGUUGAAACGGAGUGGCAGACGCAAGCUGGAGCUAUGA